CGUUCCUCCCAUCGCGCCUUCCUCCCGGUUGGCUCGGCACGUACCAUCGUCCCGCCCAGGCGGCCUGCGAUUGGUCCGCGCCGCGGUCCCUCACCCGCCCGUGGGAUCGCCCGGCUCUUCUGGCUCUCGGCUCCGGAGACGCGCCUCCGCUCUCCUUCUGCGCCGACCAGCGCGUCUCAGUGCGUCCGUGGACCAAAGAGCAGCAGCAGCAGCGGCGGCGGUGCGCUCCUCUUCCUCCCGCGCUCCUCUUCCUCCAGAGCCGCAGGCAUCCCGCACCGUGCACGCCCCCCGCGGCGGCACACGCACGCACGCGGAGGAGGGAAACGGCCGGCUUGAGAUUUACGCGUUUUCUUCAUUUCCCCCGAUGGUAACCAGCGCCGCGCGGCCGGAGACAUGUGGAAUAAUCCGGGCAAAGUGCGCCGCGGCGCGCUCGUGUGUCUGCUGCUGGCGCUGUGCGCCGAGGUGUCUCGGUCCACCGGGUACUUCGAGCUGCAGCUGAUGUCGGUGGGGAACCCCGCCGGGCAGCUGCUGAACGGCGACUGCUGCGACGCGGAGAGGAGCGCGUCGGAGGGCUCGUGCGGCCCCGACGAGUGCGACACGUACUUCCGCGUGUGCUUGAAGGAAUACCAGACCGAGGUCACGACCAACGGGGCGUGCACGUACGGCUCGGAGACCACCAAGGUCCUCGGGGGGAAUACUUUUCAGUUCAGAGGCGGCCAGAAGUCCGGGCAGAACCGGAACAGCGACGCCGGGAGGAUCCUCAUCCCGUUCCAGUUCGCCUGGCCGGUAAGUGGACGUCGGCGGGCGCGCGCAGCAGCAGCAGGUGCGCGGGCACCAGGGUCACGCAGGAGAUGCGUUCAGGGUCACGGGCAUCAGUUAGAGAAGUGCAAUUCAUUUGGCGCAAUUGCCGCAUAUCUGUAUCGGGGAGGGGGUCACAGGUUCGAUUCCCGCAACAGCUGA